GUUUUGGCUUGUGACCAAGGAAGAUGGGCACAUGGUUACAGCUCGCCAGGAGCCCCGGCUCGUCCUUAUUUCUGUCGGCUGUGAAAAUGGGUACUUGACCUUGGAAGCCCCAGAAAUGAAGAAGCUGUGCUUGCCUGUAAAGCUCCCCAGGAAAAAUCCUGUGCAGAACUGCAGGGUGUUUGGACUGGAUAUCCAAGGCAGGGACUGUGGAGAUGAAGUGGCUCAGUGGAUCACCACUUUCCUGAAUUCACAGCCGUAUCGACUGGUGCACUUUGAGCCCUCCAUGGUGCCAAGAAAGUCAAAGGACAUAAUGGACCUUUUCCGAACCACAGAUGAGGUUGCCUAUCCUGACUGCAGCCCAGUCUUGAUCAUCUCGGAAGCUUCGCUGGAAGAUUUAAAUACUAGGCUGGAGAAGAAAGUUAAGAUACAAAACUUCAGGCCAAAUAUUCUUGUGGCAGAUUGUGGUGCUUUCGAGGAGGACAUCUGGGAGGACAUUCUUAUUGGUGAUGUGGAGUUGAAGGGGACAGUGUGUUGUGCCAGGUGUAUUUUAACAACUGUUAACCCAGACACUGGGGUCCUGGACAGGAAGGAGCCCCUGGAAACAUUGAAAAGUUACCGCUUAUGUGAUCCAUCUGAGCGACACAUCUACAAGUCCAGCCCUCUCUUUGGAAGAUACUUCGCUGUUGACAAAACCGGAACCAUUCAAGUUGGCGACCCUGUGUACAAGAUGGUCCAGUAA